AUGAGAACCGUUAUUCUCAUCGCAUCACUCAUCGCUGUUUGCGUCGGAAGCUCAUUGGAAAUCCUCUCCUCGCCAUCAUCUGUCAAAUUUCCAAGCACUUCUGGAUCAACCUUGAAGACAACCGAUCUUUCGACCCUCAAUGAAUAUAUUCUUGGACUCUCAAGCAAACCAGUGUCUGGAUUCGAUGUUGAAGUUGAUAUUUUCUCGAGACCACGUGCUCUUGCGCUGAUCACUGUUGAUGGAAUUGAUAGUUUGAACUUGGGAGAGACCUAUAAUGUUGAUGCUGUGAGUUUUUUUGAAAUUGAAAAACAUACUCUUCAGCACAGUUUAUUUUGAAAUCCACCAAAAAUAAAUCAAAAUUAAAUGUUUCAGGAUGGAAUCGAGACAUCUGGAUUAGAACAAGAUUUGGCUUUGACCUUCGGAAAUGAUCGUCAAUCAGUUCAAGUCACCGCUGGAGGAAUCACUGGAUCUCAACUCGCCCUCAAUGCUAAACAACAAACCGUUGAAACUUCAGCCUUCAAAACCAAGAGCACUCAAUUGCUCCGUGAACUCGAAGCUGUUUCUCAAUUGUCUGCUGCUAUCAAAGCAUCUGGAGCUAAACUCGAUAACAAUGCUGAUGUUUUCCGCGUCAUUAUCACUGGAUUAUCCGCGAUUACCGAUGAAACUGAAAGACAAGCUGCUAUCAGCGACAUUCAAACAGUUAUCAAUGAAUUGAACGCCGCUCUCAACUCUGCUUAUGGAAGUCAAGCUGUUGUUGAAGUUGUUACUAGCGCUGGAUUGUUGAAUAACAAUAGCUCAUCAUCGGAAGAUAUCCCAAGUCACAAGAUUUCAAAGAGAGAAGCUGCUGUUGACGCAAAUCCACUUGAGGCCGGCAGAAGAACUUACAAUGUUGCCGUUGCUGUUUCAAGCGAUUAUCCAGCCAUUUUCGCUAUCUUCCUCGGACUUGUCGUUAUUCUCACCUUGGUAAGUUCAAUUUAAACUGUAAUUUUUUUUUGAAAACAUCCAAAGAAACGAACUUUUUCCAGGCUUUGAUCUACAUUGUCGUUGGAAUGUUGUCAAUGGACCCAGGAAAGGAUUCAAUCAUCUACCGUAUGACAACCACUCGUAUGAAGAAGGAUUAG